GUGCUGCUCUGAUUCCCUUCCGGCCGGUCGGGUGUUGUUCGGCCGCCGCCAUGUCCAUCUUCACCCCCACCAACCAGAUCCGCCUCACCAACGUGGCCGUGGUGCGGGCGCGGCGCUGCGGGAAGCGCUUCGAGAUCGCCUGUUACCGCAACAAGGUCAUGGGGUGGCGGAGUGGAGCGGAGAAGGAUCUGGACGAGGUCCUGCAGACACACACGGUGUUUGUCAGUGUGUCCAAAGGGCAGGUGGCAAAGAAAGAAGAUCUGGUGCAAGCCUUUGGGACAGAUGACCAAACAGAAAUCUGUAAGAUGAUUUUAUCCAAAGGGGAGCUGCAGGUGUCAGACAAGGAGAGGCACACACAGCUGGAGCAGAUGUUCAGAGAUAUUGCAACUGUUGUGGCUGACAAAUGUGUCAACCCUGAGACAAAACGUCCCUACACUGUCAUCCUCAUAGAAAGAGCCAUGAGGGACAUUCACUACUCUGUCAAACCCCACAAGAGCACCAAGCAGCAGGCACUGGAAGUCAUCAGGCAGUUAAAGGAGACCAUGCAAAUUGAACGUGCUCACAUGAGGCUACGAUUUAUUCUCCCAGCAAAGGAGGGAAAGAAGCUGAAAGAGAAGCUCAAGCCUUUGAUUAAAGUUAUUGAGAAUGAAGAAUUCCAUGAGCAGUUGGAAAUUGUGUGCCUCAUUGACCCAGGGUGCUUCAGGGAGAUUGAUGAGCUGAUCCGGAGUCAGACCAAAGGGAAGGGAACACUGGAAGUGCUCAGCCUGAAAGAUGUGGAGGAAGGAGAUGAAAAGCUGGAAUAACAGAAACCAUCCUGGAGCAGUUCUGCUUUGACAGCAUCCUACAAGAUACUUGGUGUUAGCUGCUCUCUGCUGUUAGACCUUCAUGGGUUUUUUCAGUCUCUUGCUGCCAAAUAUUUUCUGACACUGAAUCCUUUGGGAUUUUUCCAUGUGGUGUUUUAUUUUUAAUCAUUUUACAAUUGCUUGGUUUACCUGUAGGAACAUUUAGUGUCAGAGUUGCACUAAUGAGGGUUGAGUUGAGACUUUGCCUGGCAGUCAGUGGUGCCCCUAAAGGGUUGGUGUUUGAUUGGAGUGGUGCCCAUCAGCUUUGCUUGAAGUUUUCAGUACUGAGUGGAAUGUUGUGCAGGUCACUGAGAGGUGGGGUUUGUAGGGGAGGAGAGGAAUGUGAAGCAAAGGGAGCUGCAUUUUCACUUUUAAACAGGUGCAGAUUAUGUCUAACCUAAUCUCUUGGCAGCAAGCAAACUGAGUGAGACUUCCAUAAUUAGCUGCUUGAUAAUUAGACUACUAUAAAAGCCCCUUCUUGAAGAUUUGCUUCACUGCAUACUACAGCACUUGUUGAUUUAGAGAAAAUGCUCUCCAGAUAACUUAUUUGUAAAAUGUAUUUCACUACAUUAAUAAAAAGAAUCUAUCAUUUAUAUAUUCUAGACAUAGAAAGAAAUGAAAAUAAUUAUUUUUGUUACUGGUGUAGGAGGUGGCUCUGUCUGUGACAGUGCUGUUUGUAGGCUGAGGGAACAGCCUCUCUCUCUGAGCUGUUCUCACCUGGUAAAAUAAAUGUUGAGCAGGCAGUGGUGGCCUCUGGCUUUGGAGCUGGAGAGGCUUCUGUUAGGCUGGAUUUGCCCAGCAGGGACUCUGGGCAUGUGGCUCUUUCCUUUCUGGUGUGGCAGGGAAUAAUUCUGGCAGCUGCUCUCCUGUCUGUUUGUGCUGCUCUCUGAUUCCUGCCCUGAGUUUCCAGCCAGCUGCUGGGACACAGUGUUGGUAAUUCUGUUAAAUCUUGUUUCAGCUGUGUGAAAUGCUUUUGAGAAUAAACACUGAGGGGAAGAGAGGAUGAGGACUGGAGAAGGAGAUAGUAAUAAUACAAACCACCAGGCAGGGGCAUCCUUGGGUGUCCAAAAGCAGGAAUUUAAGGAGUCCCUGUCCCCAUGCUGAUGGGAUGCAGCACAUCAGGAGCUGCAUGGCAGACCAGGCCUUGAGCUCUCUCCCUGUUGAACUGUGAGAUUUGGUCACUGCUUGCUCUUUGCUUUUAGAAUGUGUUAAUUCCUUCUGUAGGGCAAUUAAACAGAGCUCUGGGCUGACAUGAGCCUUUGCUUUGCACCAUUUGUAUGUUGUGAGUUCUCUGGAAUUUAAGAAGGGAGAUUGGAAGUCAGCUGGAGGAAGAGAGCAUCAACAUGUUGGGUACAGAGGAUGUACAGAGGAUCCUUGGGCAGAUCCAGUUUCUGCUGUGCUCCAGGGACAUGAGCUUGUCCAAGGCUGGAUUCAUGUUUCUUUGGUAAUAUUUUGUAAGGAUUUGCCACUCUUGAGUCUGAGUUUUGCUGAGGGGCAGUGAAACAGAUUCUUGAACCAUUGUACCCAUUUUGAGAUGCUUUCUCCCCCAAAGCUCAUCUGUAAUGUUUAAAUGCUGCCUAGGUACAUUCAGUGCCAUAAUAAUGACUGUGAUUGCCAUGUGGAUGCAGCCUGGCUUGGGAGAUCUCUGUAUGCAUGGGCAGGGUGGCAAAACUCCCUGUGUGUGUGAACCCAUAAUUGCUGUUUUUUGAGCACCCAUCUCUCCCUCCAUACUUUGUGAAGGACUCAAGAGGUUGUGUUGAUCUUUAGCUUGUGACUGGCAACCAGCACUGAUGUGCACUGCAAAUCAGAUGCUGGGUAAGAGUCCCAGA